CCUACAAUUCAGUUCACUUUUUGGCCUCAAUUAUGUCUAAAUUUUAGCCUAACACAUAAAAUAAAAUUAUAGCCAAAUUUUCCAAAUUACAGUUCUUUUUAAACAAAAUUAUCUUUUAAUAAAUUCAGCAUGUCUUUAUACCGGUUCUCAUCCAUCCAUCUGCGUAAACCCGUUUUAAGGGGACUGUCCUACCUGACGGACUGCAUGGACCGAACUCACUUGCCGAGUUCGCUUGGUAGCAUGCAACGAAUUCCAUUCAGUAAGUCGGCAGACUCGGAAUCCGCAGACGAUUCAAACAAAGGUGGCUGUGAAGAUAUACUGAAAAAGGAGAAAGAAGAAGCCGCCAAUAAAAAGAAGGACGAAGAAAAAUUACAAUUGCUGGAGAAGCAAUGCUUGGAGGCUCAAAAGAAAGCUUUGGAUCAGGAAAUGCAGUGUGCAGACAAAAAAGAUCAAAAGUUGAUGCAAAGCAUGAUGUCCUGUCUGACAGAGAGCAUGAAAAAGGCGUGCAAGAGAAUAGCCCAAAAGAAAUUCGGCGAAGAAAAAAAACUUGAAGCCCAGUGCUCGGAACUUGCUAAGAAUGAUAAAGUUAAAGGGUUAAUGAGUAAGUGUGAGGCGGACAAUAAGCCUGAGGAUGGUGAUGCGAAGGCCAAGGAUGCCCAGCCCAAGGAUGCGCAGUCUAAGGAUGAUGGAUGCUCUGGACAGAAAGAUCCAAUUGAAGAAAUUUGUUCUUCCUUGAACAAACCUGCUGAAAACACAGAUAAGGCCAAAAACCGGUUUACGUUGAAAUUGGAAAAGUGCAUCAAAGGUGAAUGGGCCGAUGUUUGUCAGUGUCGAAGUAAGUUUACUAAACAAGAAAAGGAAAAACUUGCGCAAUCUCACAAAUGUCUUGAGGCUGAAUUUAAGAAAGUCUGCAGAAAGAAGGUCUUAAAAGAAAUGUGUGAUGAAUCUGGACAAGGAAAAACAAACAAAAGUACCAAGAAAGAAGCAGAGAAACCAGAGCAGCAGCCAAAAAUGGAUAAAGAACUAGAAAAACUGAUGAUGAAGGAAAAAAGUGAAGAAGAAGCUAAUAUAAGGCGUGAGGUGCAGGAACUGAAAAAAAAAUGUAUGGAAGAUGCUGAGAAGAAAAAAUGCGCAGAUAUGGCCAAAAAAGAUGCAGAAGCGGCUCAAAAGAAAAAGUGCGCUGAGGCGGCUCAGAAAGAGAAAGAAGCUGCUGAGAAGAAGAAAUGCGCAGAUAUGGCCAAAAAAGAUGCAGAAGCAGCUCAAAAGAAAAAGUGCGCUGAGGCCGCUCAGAAAGAAAAGGAAGCGGCUGAGAAGAAGAAAUGCGCAGAUGCCGCUAAAAAGGAGAAGGAAGCGGCUGAAAAGAAAAAAUGCGCUGAUGCUGCCAAAAAAGAAGCGGAAGCGGCUCAAAAGAAAAAGUGCGCUGAGGCGGCUCAGAAAGAGAAGGAAGCGGCUGAGAAAAAGAAAUGCGCUGAGGCGGCUCAGAAAGAAAAGGAAGCGGCUGAAAAGAAGAAAUGCGCAGAUGCCGCUAAGAAGGAGAAGGAAGCGGCUGAAAAGAAAAAGUGCGCUGAUGCUGCUAAAAAAGAGGCAGAGGCGGCUCAGAAGAAAAAGUGCGCUGAAGCGGCUCAGAAAGAAAAGGAAGCGGCUGAGAAGAAGAAAUGCGCUGAAGCGGCUCAGAAAGAAAAGGAAGCGGCUGAGAAAAAGAAAUGCGCUGAGGCGGCUCAGAAAGAAAAGGAAGCGGCUGAAAAGAAGAAAUGCGCUGAUGCUGCUAAAAAAGAGGCAGAGGCGGCUCAGAAGAAAAAGUGCGCUGAAGCGGCUCAGAAAGAAAAGGAAGCGGCUGAGAAGAAGAAAUGUGCUGAGGCGGCUCAGAAAGAAAAGGAAGCGGCUGAAAAGAAGAAAUGCGCAGAUGCCGCUAAAAAGGAGAAGGAAGCGGCUGAAAAGAAAAAGUGCGCUGAUGCUGCCAAAAAAGAAGCAGAAGCGGCUCAAAAGAAAAAGUGCGCUGAGGCGGCUCAGAAAGAGAAAGAAGCUGCUGAAAAGAAGAAAUGCGCUGAAGCGGCUCAGAAAGAAAAGGAAGCGGCUGAGAAGAAGAAAUGCGCUGAGGCGGCUCAGAAAGAAAAGGAAGCGGCUGAAAAGAAGAAAUGCGCAGAUGCCGCUAAAAAGGAGAAGGAAGCGGCUGAAAAGAAAAAGUGCGCUGAUGCUGCCAAAAAAGAAGCGGAAGCGGCUCAAAAGAAAAAGUGCGCUGAGGCGGCUCAGAAAGAGAAAGAAGCUGCUGAAAAGAAGAAAUGCGCUGAAGCGGCUCAGAAAGAAAAGGAAGCGGCUGAGAAGAAAAAAUGCGCUGAGGCGGCUCAGAAAGAAAAGGAAGCGGCUGAAAAGAAGAAAUGCGCAGAUGCCGCUAAAAAGGAGAAGGAAGCGGCUGAAAAGAAAAAGUGCGCUGAUGCUGCCAAAAAAGAAGCGGAAGCGGCUCAAAAGAAAAAGUGCGCUGAGGCGGCUCAGAAAGAAAAGGAAGCGGCUGAGAAGAAGAAAUGCGCUGAGGCGGCUCAGAAAGAAAAGGAAGCGGCUGAGAAGAAGAAAUGCGCUGAGGCGGCUCAGAAAGAAAAGGAAGCGGCUGAGAAGAAGAAAUGCGCUGAUGCUGCCAAAAAAGAAGCAGAAGCGGCUCAAAAGAAAAAGUGCGCUGAGGCGGCUCAGAAAGAGAAAGAAGCUGCUGAAAAGAAGAAAUGCGCUGAAGCGGCUCAGAAAGAAAAGGAAGCUGCUGAAAAGAAGAAAUGCGCUGAGGCUGCUCAGAAAGAAAAGGAAGCGGCUGAAAAGAAGAAAUGCGCAGAUGCCGCUAAAAAGGAGAAGGAAGCGGCUGAAAAGAAAAAAUGCGCUGAUGCUGCCAAAAAAGAAGCAGAAGCGGCUCAAAAGAAAAAGUGCGCUGAGGCGGCUCAGAAAGAGAAAGAAGCUGCUGAAAAGAAGAAAUGCGCAGAGGCGGCUCAGAAAGAAAAGGAAGCGGCUGAGAAGAAGAAAUGCGCUGAUGCUGCCAAAAAAGAAGCAGAAGCGGCUCAAAAGAAAAAGUGCGCUGAGGCGGCUCAGAAAGAGAAAGAAGCUGCUGAAAAGAAGAAAUGCGCUGAGGCUGCUCAGAAAGAAAAGGAAGCGGCUGAAAAGAAGAAAUGCGCAGAUGCCGCUAAAAAGGAGAAGGAAGCGGCUGAAAAGAAAAAAUGCGCUGAUGCUGCCAAAAAAGAAGCAGAAGCGGCUCAAAAGAAAAAGUGCGCUGAGGCGGCUCAGAAAGAGAAAGAAGCUGCUGAAAAGAAGAAAUGCGCAGAGGCGGCUCAGAAAGAAAAGGAAGCUGCUGAAAAGAAGAAAUGCGCUGAGGCGGCUCAGAAAGAAAAGGAAGCGGCUGAGAAGAAGAAAUGCGCUGAGGCGGCUCAGAAAGAGAAAGAAGCUGCUGAGAAAAAGAAAUGCGCUGAUGCUGCUAAAAAAGAAGCAGAAGCGGCUCAAAAGAAAAAGUGCGCUGAGGCGGCUCAGAAAGAGAAAGAAACUGCUGAAAAGAAGAAAUGCGCUGAAGCGGCUCAGAAAGAGAAAGAAGCUGCUGAGAAAAAGAAAUGCGCUGAAGCUGCUAAAAAAGAAGCAGAAGCGGCUCAAAAGAAAAAGUGCGCUGAGGCGGCUCAGAAAGAGAAAGAAGCUGCUGAAAAGAAGAAAUGCGCUGAAGCGGCUCAGAAAGAGAAAGAAGCUGCUGAGAAAAAGAAAUGCGCUGAAGCUGCUAAAAAAGAAGCAGAAGCGGCUCAAAAGAAAAAGUGCGCAGAGGCGGCUCAGAAAGAAAAGGAAGCUGCUGAAAAGAAGAAAUGCGCUGAUGCCGCUAAAAAAGAAGCAGAAGCUGCUGAGAAGAAGAAAUGCGCUGAGGCGGCUCAGAAAGAAAAGGAAGCGGCUGAGAAGAAGAAAUGCGCAGAUGCCGCUAAAAAGGAGAAGGAGGCGGCUGAGAAGAAGAAAUGCGCAGAUGCCGCCAAAAAGGAGAAGGAGGCGGCUGAAAAGAAAAAGUGCGCUGAUGCUGCUAAAAAAGAAAAAGAAGCUGCUGAAAAGAAAAAGUGUGAUUCCCAAAAGAAGAAUGGAAAAGAAGAAGCUCUUAAGAAUACGUGUAAGGAGGCAGCUUUAAAAAACAAGAAGAAGAUGGAAGAUCUUAAAAAGAAACGUAACCAAGAAGCUCUUAAGAAAAAGUGCAAAGAGGACGCUCAAAAGAAAAAAGAUGCAGCUGAGAAGAAGAAGUGUGCAGAGGCAGCUAAAAAAGAGAAAGAGGCUGCCGAGAAGAAAAAAUGUGCAGAUGCGGCUAAAAGUUCUGAUAAGGAGACUCCAAAAAAGUAGUGUAAGUUAACGUCAGCCAAGUGCACACAAGGCAUACAAAGAAAUGAAAUAGAGGUGAACAAGAACAAGAGAAAAUAAUUAAAAAAACGACAUACAGAGAAAGCUAUGUGAAACAUGCUCCUAGAAAAU